CUCCCCUCACCCCCAUGGAAUUUGCCUCGGACGUAGGAGUCCGUCACGCGGUCGUUCUCUCCAACCUCGAGAUCCGUCAUCUGGUCGACUUUUCGCCGGCCACAGCCUCCAUCGCUCGGGAAAUCCGCCUCUGCGUGAUCGCCAUUGUGGUUGGGUGGACCACCUCGCGCGUUGUCUCCGCGUUGUUGAACCGGCGAUCCUCCGACCAGCAGUAACCACUUCAUUUCGGCAUUUGCUUCUCUGCAGAACCAUUGCCGGUGUCGCCUGCAGCUUGGAUACCCUUUUUUCUUUCUUUGUUUACCAGUAGUCACGGCAUUGAUUGAUUACACAAACCCCCGAUUCAAUAGACAUCAUCGGCAUCAUCAUCUUGUUCACCAUGAAGAUCACCGCUUCUCUUCUCUCCUUCGUCGCUGCUGCCACGGCGCAGUCGGUUAUUGAGGCCUCGAGCUUUGGCUUUGGGCAAACACUAUCGCCCAAUGCAGACUCCAUCCCAGGAUGGGAGAUUGGCGGAGAGUCACACUCUCCCGACAUUCUCUCCAACAAGAUCAUCCUGACUCCCCCCUACCCAGGAAACACCAGAGGAUUUGCCUGGUCGCAGACUCCUGUAACCCAGUCCGAGUGGACGGCAGAGUUCCAAUUCCGGGCCACAGGUCCCGAGAGAGGCGGAGGUAACCUCCAACUCUGGUAUGCCAAAGAUGGGAAAGAUAAGAUUGGCACGUCCAGCAUCUACACCAUCGGCCAGUUCGACGGCUUUGCCCUCGUCAUUGACAGCCACGGCGGCAGAGGUGGUAGCAUUAGAGGGUUCCUUAACGAUGGUACUACCGACUACAAAGGCCACGGAAGCGGAAGCGUCGACAGCUUGGCCUUUGGGCACUGCGACUACGCCUACCGUAACCUCGGGCGGCCGUCCACCAUCCGCAUGAGGCACACCAACGCCGGGUUUGAGGUGCACGUCGAUGAGAGGAAGUGUUUCGCGACGGACAAGAUUGCCCUCCCUGCCGGCAACAUCUUCGGUCUGACCGCCGCAACCCCCGAGAACCCCGACUCCUUCGAGAUCUUCAAGUUCGUUCUCCAGUCCGCUGAGUCCGGCAGCGGCAGCAUCCCGGCGCAGCAGAACACCGAGCAGCAGCCCAUCGCCGCCCAGGAACAGGUCAUCCCCGCGCAGCAGCAGCAACAACAGCAGCAGCAACAGCAGCAGCAACAGCAGAACCAGCAAGCCCCCGCGGACAGCAGCGCAACCACGCAGCAAUUCGCCGACCUGAGCAGCCAGAUCCAGCUCAUCAACGACGCCACGAACAACCUCGUCCGUGACAUCGGCAACCAAGACUCCAAGAACACCAACCGCCAGGUCGAGCUCCUCCAGAAGCUCGCGACCAAGGACCAGGUCAGCAACCUCGACGCGCGCCUCCAGAAGAUCGAGCAGAUGCUCGAGGCGAUCCAGCGCGACCUAGAAGGCAAGGACUACCACAAGCGCUUCAACCAGCUGCAGGAGACCCUGCGCUCGUCACACCUCAGUCUGACCGAGAACCUCUUGGGCGUAAUCACCUCCUCCACCCCCCGCAUGGGCUUCUUCAUCUGCCUCAUCAUCGCUUUCCAGGUCUUCCUCGCUGUCGCCUACGUCGUCUACAAGCGUCGUCGCGCCAACAUGCCCAAGAAGUUCCUCUAAGCUCACACCAAACACAUCCCUUUCCCUCCGUAUCCCUGUGAACCACUCACAUCCCGGAAAAAAUUGCCCUGGUGGUAGUAUGAUGUACUCUCCCGACCUGUGAACUAUUAGCCCCUGCAUCCCGCAUCCCGCAUCCCGCAUCCCGCAUCCUACGUCCCGCAUGUGGAUGCCAUGCCACGUCAUGUUAUAUCUAUUGUACUUGUUCACAUACUUUCUUAUUUUUUUUACUGUUGUGUUAGUAUGUUACUGGUAUCAUAUCAUAUACAUUGCCUUUCCAUUGAAUCUCGUCCCGGUUUGGCGUAUUUAG